CGUUGCGUGACAAAAAUAAGAAGACAAAAAUCGUUAAGGAGUGUUAUUCGUUUCAAAUGAAAAUUUCAGCUGUAAUUAAAUACUCUUCUGUGGUUUCUUAUUUUCAUCAAAGUUUGGACAAUUAUUCUAGAUUAAUGAUUUUAAUUUUUCUCAAGUGGACCUUUGGAUAGGGCCUUUGAAUCAAUUAUAUUUAUUACCCUUUAUGCAUUUAUAUCGUAAAAUAAAUGCAUACAGGCAUUGCGUCGAAUAUAUUACGGAUUAUUGCGACAUCACUAUUAAAGAAGAAUUUAAAUGUGAGAGAAUGAAAAUAAUUAAAAUAUUGUGAUCAAAUAUCGAAGAAUGGCAGGAAAUUUUUGGCAGAGCUCUCACCAUCAACAGUGGUUACUUGAUAAACAAGACUUAGUACGUGAACGACAACAUGAUUUAUCUAUUUUAACGGAAGAAGAAUAUCAAAAGCUUUUUAUCUUUUUUUCUAAUCUUAUUCAAGUAUUAGGUGAACAAUUAAAAUUAAGGCAACAAGUAAUUGCAACUGCAACAGUGUAUUUCAAAAGGUUUUAUGCUCGUAACAGUUUAAAAUGUAUCGAUCCUUUAUUAUUAGCUCCAACAUCAGUCUUUUUAGCUUCAAAAGUUGAAGAAUUUGGAGUUAUUUCUAAUACAAGGUUAAUAACAACUUGUCAAACAGUAGUGAAAAACAAAUUUAAUUAUGCAUACUCUCAAGAAUUUCCAUAUCGUACAAAUCAUAUUCUUGAAUGUGAAUUUUAUCUUUUGGAACAUUUAGAUUGUUGUUUAAUCGUAUAUCAACCAUACAGACCUCUUUUAAUUCUUAUUCAAGAUGUAGGGCCAGAUGAUCAAUUAUUAACAUUAGCUUGGCGUAUUAUUAAUGAUAGUUUACGUACAGACGUUUGUCUUCUUUAUCCACCAUAUCAAAUAGCCAUUGGAUGCCUACAGAUUGCAUGUGUAAUAUUACAAAAAGAUCUCAAAUCAUGGUUUGCAGAAUUAAAUGCAGAUAUGGAAAAAAUUCAAGAAAUAGCACGUUAUAUCAUAAAUUUAUAUGAAUUGUGGAAAACGUAUGAUGAAAAGAAGGAGAUACAAGGUUUAUUGUCUAAAAUGCCUAAGCCAAAAGCAGCGCCGCAGCGCUGACAUCUAGUUCCUUCAGCAUCGAAUAUUUGGGAUUGAUGCUAAAACAUUGAUACAUACUGACUAAGUAUUUCUGUGAAGGAUUGAUAACCUUGACAUAAAAUACCGUUUUUAUAUAAAAUUGUACACAUUGUGUGGUACAAAGUUUGAAAUUAUCACUAUCACAUUGGUGUAUUGGUAAGCAUGCAGUCUAAUUACAAUCAUUAUAAAAUAAAUACAAGGGGGCAAAAAAUAAAACUUAAAAUCUUACUGAUCACAGAUGUCAUAUAUAUAAUGGAAAUUACAUUUUUUUUCUUUUCUUUUUUUUUUUUUUUAUAUGACAAAAUUGAUUUACUGUAAAAAUGCAAGAAUAAAAGAAAUAAAAUUCAGUAAUUAUGUACAACUUAGUUUCGUUAUUUUAAGAUAUUUUACACGGUAUUAUUUGUAAAUGUUUUUACUGAAUAAAAAUCUUAGAGUUACAUCGUA